AUAUUAUUGGUGGGCGGUCACAAUCCGUGGUGAAACUGUGAUUAAAAUUGUUUGACCGUUGUUGAUGGGAAGGGGUUGGGGGGGAGGUGUAAUGCUCUUGUAGCAUCUAAAUUUCCAGUUAGUGCGAGCAAAUCAUUCCAUUGAUUCCAGUUAUUCACGUAAUGUGUUCUAUAGGCGCAGCUCGUGGGCCACGUGGGCAAUACGACCUGUACGACCUGUUUAGCAAGUUUAGUCGAAGGAGGCGUGUGGGAGUACAGUGUUAUGAUUUAAGAUUCGUUUGUGGACAAUGGAAUGUUUAUAUGCAAUUGUGAAUGUAAAGCAGUGCCAGGAACUGAGACUUGAAUUACAGAAGAGACAGCUCUUACACCCAAAAUUCCGAUGCAUGAAGAAUUGUGAUGAAGUCAGUAUUCCAGUGAAAGAGAAUGUAACAUGUGAUUUAGAUGUGCUGUGUUCAGAUGAUGGCUCUCUUUUAUUGAAUCGUGUUCCAUUCCGCAUAAUACGAAAUAAAAUUUAUAUGCCAUGCCCAAGAAAGCAGAGACUCAAGAAAGUGAUUGAAGCAGUGAUGAGAAGGAGAGGGCUUUGGGAAAGAAGCCUUGAGGCAGAAAUUCCAGUGGUGUGGGAGAAGUAUGGGGAUUUACUUCUCUUUAAUGGUGACAGAUGCUUUAAGAAUUUAGCUUGGAGUGUAGCAGGGCCAGAGCUGUGGACAAAUGUAUGCGCAGUGCUUAAUGGAAAUCGUGUUGGUCUAAAAGGUCACAUCUCCUCAGAUGGAUUUCGGACACCAAAUGUUCGGUUGGUUUGGGGUGAAUUGAGUUGGGUGGACUGUGUGGACAAUGGAAUCAGGUACAGCUGGGAUGUAACAAAGACCAUGUUCAGUGCUGGCAAUGCUCCAGAGCGUCAUCGAUUGGCCAGGUUCAGAUGCGAUGGUGAGGUGGUUGUGGACAUGUAUGCAGGGAUUGGCUAUUUCACACUCCCUUACCUUGUUCAUGCUAGAGCACGUAUGGUCCAUGCUUGUGAGUGGAAUCCAGAUGCUGUUAUUGCUUUAAGGAAGAACUUGAUUCAGAACAAUGUGAGUGAAAGAUGCAUUAUUCAUGAAGGAGACAAUCAAAAGGUGCAGUUACAUAAUAUUGCAGACAGAGUGAACUUGGGACUUCUGCCAUCUUGUGAGGCUAGCUGGCAGACUGCUUGUAAAGUUCUGAAAUCAACUGGAGGGGUGCUGCAUAUACAUGGAAAUGUCACUUCAGGGAUUGACAAGACGGACACUGGGACUGAUCUUUAUAAUCACAGCUUUGAAACAGCUGAACUUGCAUUGUGUUUGGAGUGCAGACCUAUCCUCAUUCAUGCACUGUCUAAGAAAUUCCUACAUGAAACUUGUAAACAGUCUUUUUCUUUUGAUGGUGAUGAAUUAAUUAUAGGAAACAGCUAUGUUAGUUGGAAGAAAGUUGAGUGGAAGGCUUGGGCACUCCAUGCUUCUCAUUCUAUUUGCAGCAUUCUGAGUGAAGUGUACGAAAUUGUAUGGAAAGUGUCUGUACUACAUCUCCACCGUGUUAAGUCAUAUGCCCCUCAUAUUGAUCAUUUGGUUUUGGAUUUGAGCUGUGAGCCUUGUGUAUGAUGUGAGAUGCUGAGGUUCUCACAGCUGUGACUAUGAAAGUUACUGUCUUCUGGUAUUGAUGCUGUGUUGUUGCCUAUAUCUUUUUUGUUCCAUGCUCAGCAUACUCCUUUAUGGAGAACAUAGAGGUAGCAUGUUCCUCUCAAACAUUGGUAUAUAGAACAUGAGGCAUUAUGCUGUUACACUUACAUUAAUCUUGGAGUGACAAGGCAUUCAGUGUAAACAAGUUUAGUGUAAAUAAUACAGUUAUUUAUAUGGCCUUACAUGUUUUAACCCCCUAGGGCCAUCUUCAGAGGGUCAGCAGUAGAACUAACUUUUUAUAAUUCAUAGGGAGCUUGGUAUAAUAGGUUAUACAGUCAUAACAAUAAAUUAGGUUAAAAUUGUAGACGUUUAAAUAUUGUAGCAUAUAGAUUCAUUACUGGGUAAUGACAUUGAAACAAACAAUGAAGCAACAUCUGCUGCUAGGCAACAGAUUCAUAAUAAGUAUACAAAGCCUUUGCUGAGUUACCCCUUUGCAAACAAACAUGUUCCCACAGAAACAAUUGGAAUACAAAAAUGGUGUUUUCUACACAGUCCAUGCAGAGAUGUUAUGAGGAGGACAAUUGGAGAGAGAGAGAGUAUUAAGGGAGUCUGUGAAAAGAAGACUUAAUUGGUGCAGUUAGCAGUGAAGUGAGGGCGGAAACUGAAGAGUCUCCACUGUUUGAAGCCAUUACCAGGGAAAGACUUGUGAAGACAGUUGUAGUUACAAUCUGUAAGUGGUUAGUAAAUCCAAUCUCCAAUUCAGACACUGUCUGUAGUCACUCAUACACAUCACAAUAUUAUUGGUAAAAUGGCUGGAUCUGUGUAGUGUGUGUGUGUGUGUGUGUGUGUGUGUGGGCAGUCUAACACAUACCUUGACACUACAUGGAUCGAACAGGACAUUCAGAUAUGUGGCAAGCAGCAAGAGAAAAGUAUCCAUCAGGAGAUAUAAUAAAAACUAAAAAAUUUUACUGAUAAUAUUUAAACACCUAAAAUUUUAACCUGUAUUAUUAUUUUUAUUGUUAUGGUGAUUGAUGAUGAUGAUGAGGACGACGACGACUGUAUAACUUAUUAUACUAAGAUCCUUAGCAACCAUAAAGCAAGUUCCCUUUCACUGCAGGGCAUAUGAAGAUGGCCCAAAGGGCUGAAACAUAUAAGGCCAUAUGUAUUAUUUAUGUGACAAUUUUUUUUAUACUGGCUGUAUUGUCAUUCCAACAUUGGUACCUAUGCAUCAAACCAUAAUGUCACAUCCAAGAAGACAUGAGUCAUCUUGCGUGUGAUGUUGGAAACCACAACUUCCAUCUUCUGAGCUGUUUAGAGUAAUUUAAUAUUGUACUGUUGAAACACAAACCUGUAUACAUGAGGAUGUGAUUGUGAUGGCUGUCAUUGUGUGGAAUAGACUGGGGUGUUCAGAAUUAA